AUGUCGAAGGAUCAGGCCGGUAUUCGACAGGCCUUGGAACGCGCCCGGAAUUGCGAGGACGGCACGGUGGACCCGCAAACAACGGCCAUUCUCGAAGCCGCCAUUACCGAACUAUGGAAUCGCAUCCAGGCCGAACCGGACAGCUAUGUACUCAGUCGGGAUGAGUUUGCGCUCUUCAACUAUUUCCUCGAGCGCUAUCGUGGCUCGCCUGUCGCCCAGCGCGCCGUCGCGCGAUUUUGGAAUAACUAUCACGGCUCUGCCAAUGCCGAUAUGGGGGGCAAAUAG